AUGAAUUAUUUGAUAAUUUUUGUUAUUUUUUCAAUUCAUGUACUAAAUAUUAAAUCUAAAUGUAUUGAUCAUUCAAAAUAUCAGUUAAAAGGAAAAACAUAUUUAUUAGCACCAGUAGAAAAAGAAUGUAUGGAUAGGAAUGAGAAAUGUAUUUAUGUUUCUGCUAAUGAUCCAGAUAAUUUUCGUGGUACUAUUGGUGGUUGUAUGACAACUGUUCUUCAAUUUCUUUCAACAGUUUCUUUUCAUAGUACUUUUGAUAAUAAUACUUUUAUCGAUGCACCAGAAUUAUUUAAUAAUUAUAUUAAUCAAUGUAAUGAAAAAAUAAUUGUUAAUAAAAAUUUUACCUCAACAUCAGGAAUAUUAUCAUUAUAUUUAUCAUGUUUUUCUCAGGAUACAACAUUUGAAGAUCCAAAUAAAGUAUCUUUUGAACCAACAACAAGAGAUGUUGAUGCUGUUAAUUGUUAUUAUCCUUGGAAAGAGGAAGAAAUUAAUAAAAAUAUUGGUUUUAAUGUUGAAAUAGAAGAACCUCGUUAUUGUAAUGAAGGUACCUGUUCAAUUUUCAAAAUGUCUAUAUAUAAUUUUACAUCACAAAAAUUUACUAAUUUUUCAAAGUUUGGUUGUCUUAAUGAUUUUUAUUAUGGUUUAGAUGAUAUUGGUUUAACAACAUUUUCAACACUUGAUCCUUUACAUGAUUUUAAGAUGUAUAAUAUUGAUGUUGCUUCAGAAGCUUGUAAAUCAAGGAGUCCUUUUAAAUAUUUUAAAAAAAUUGGAAAUAUUGCAUAUAUAUGGUAUACUAAUUGUUACAAUCCAAAUAAAGAAGCAUCAAAUAAUGAAGAAUUUAAAAAUAAAAAAAGUAAGGUGAAUUACUUACCAAAUCUAGAAGAUGAUGUUUUUUCUAAACGAAGUAACAAGAUAACAGUUGAAUCUUUGGAAACUAAGAAUUUUGAUGAUAUUAAAAAAGAAAAUAUUUUACUUAAACAAUCAACUAUAUUAAAUUAUUUUAAACCAAUAAAAAAAUCAAAAAUAAUGAAUAAAAAUAGUAGUCAAAAGGAUGUAGUAUCAGUUGAACCAAAUGAAAAUUAUGAGGAAAAAAAAAUAUCUACUUUGUCAUUAGUUGAAAUUUCACAACAAAAUAGUAUUAUACAAUCACCUUUAAAAAGAAAACUUAAAAGUAUUCAAACUUCACCUAGUAGUUCAAAUGAGGAACUUUUAAUAAAGAAAAAAAUUUUGGAAAUAUCAAUAACAGAAAAAGAAAAAAAAGUUUUAAAUCAUAUAAAAUUUGAAGCAAAAAUAGGAUUAUAUAGAAAUUUUGAUGAACUUCCAUUACCUGAAUUAUAUGUACAAGAAAAAGAUAAAUUAACUUUUAAUGAUUAUUUAAAAAAACAAUUAAAAACAUUUAUUAAUAAUAAAUCAUAUAAUCCUAUUGAUGAUUUUGAAACUAAUACAGAUUGGUUACUAGAUGAACAUGAAGAAGAGACUAAUGAAACUUUUAAUGAUUUUAUUAUACCGAUAGGCCAAGAAACCUCAGAAAAUCCUUUUGCAGAUUGUCAAUACAUUUUAGAUUUUGUUAAAGAUAAAUAUUCUAAAAAAAAAUAA